CAGAAGGCGUCAUAUUUAUUUCUCUAGUUUCAACGCCGGAUUUAUCAACAGAAUGCUUGGUUUUCUACUGCCAUCCUUCGUUGUAAUAGUUCUUUUCGCCGGACUCACUCACGGGGGCGGUGAUAAUGUACGGGAAGGACGUGGUACUGUCUUAUUUCCUACAGGGGGAGGUGAUAAUGAACGAGAAGGACAUGGGCGCAGGCGUAGGACCACAACUGUACUGCCAACAGUGCCAACAGUGGCAACAGUGCCGCCAAUUGAUGUGUGCCCUGGUCGGCCCCCGUGUUUGCCCGUACCGUCCAUCGACUGUGUGUCGUCCUACGUGUACGAUAACAUGAACGGCACCGCUUGUCUGUACAGCUGCACGCACUGGUGUUGCUCCACCGUGGAGGCGCUUCUUCUCUCGUGUCCCACGACGAACCCGGACGACCCAUACUGUGUGGCCACUAAUAUCGUCAGCUACAUCAUUCGAGGGCGCGAAUGCCCUGUGUACUGUGGAUGCGUUCCGGACUGUUCUAGAUUAAUAUGCUGAACGGAAACACAAAUUUUAGACAAAAAACGUUUAGUUAUUUUAGUUUCUGAAUUAUCUAAUAAACUUGCAUAAAGAUGUACUGCGCGAGUAAAUUGUAAAUGUUAUAUCACUAGUUUGGAAAGAUAACAAACCAUGCAUGCUGGCGAGAAACCUUACUUUGUCAGUGGAAGAGA